CAAAGUACGGCUCUUAAUGAACUUCCUGUUGUAUUGCCAGGCAUUUCUGUUUAGACAAACAAUUUUGUCCACCUACUAAAAACAAAUUACGCGAGAAAAUUGGCAAUAUAAAAAAUGUCUAUAAAUAGCACGGAAAUGUGGCUCGGUUGUUUUUGAAAAUUGUACCACGUCUAGAAAAAGCGAAUAAAAGUUAUCCGUCGACAUUUCAAGUCCCUGCGAAUAUUUUUAACGGGAUCGCAACGUGAAAAAUAAAAAAAACCUAACGCCGUCACUAAUAUUAUGCCGGACUAUCGCCGCAGCCAGCCGCCGCCGUCCGCCACGGACGCUUCGGGACCGCGACCAGUACGAUAAUUAUAAUAUCGUGCAAUGAGGUUACACAGUUGCAGCGCGCAUAUUUUAUUUGAACGUCGACACUCCGCGACAGUUGCAGACAGUCCGUGGCACGUAGCGUACGGCCGCCGUUAACCGCUACGCGAAAUCGAUGCCACUACGUCUGAUCGCCCGUGACGGUGCGCCCGCGUGAUUAUAAUUUUAUCAAUGCGUACAGUUCUACGACUACCACUAGUACUACUACUACUACAACUACUACUACUACUACUACUACUACUGCAGUGACGAAGUAAAUAAUAACAAUAAUAAUAUUAUUGGUUUUGUUUUUGUUGUUGUUAAUCCCGUACGUUAUCGGCCGCCCGUAUUAUCGAUCCGUUUUGAAUUAUUCGUUUUACCGGUCUGGCCGACACGAUGGCAAUAUUAUAAUCCCCUGCAUUGUGCCGCGUACCAAACUACUCGUGUAUAAAACUAUAACAUUAUGAUAAUAAUAAUAUCGGUACGAAUUCAGUAGUAUACGGUCGGUCCGUCCGUAGUGUCCGCGUCCCAGUGUACGGACCGCUCUCGGUCCAUGCGUACAAGAUCGAAGAAGAACUUUCGUAAUAUUAUUAUUAUUGCAACAUGACUCCGUUCCUUUGACACGUUCACCAAGUAAGUUUUCGUUUUCCGAUUCUGGAUUUUUGAUCCCGCACACCGACGUGUGUUCUUCUCGGACAGUGUAGAAUCCAGACAAUUUUUCUGGGGAUUUGGGGUAUUACUACCCUCUUACUGUUACCAGUAAAAUGUGUUUGAUUGUUUAAUUAAUCGUUAAUUUACCCACGUUUAACGGGGGGGGGGAGGCAAACAAAAUUCCAUAAGCACUAUAAGUAUUAAGUACUUGGAUUCAACACUCUUCUCGGAUCACUGCCGAAAAUCAAAAAUGUAGAGCGACACAUAAUCCGACCAAGGUUGCCGUUAUUACGGACAUGGUUCACAAUAAUAGUAUUUCAUUAUUAUUGUUCUCUAAUCGCAGGAUGUCAAACAGUAACAAUGCGUCGCCUAGCCGUAUACCAAAGCCGAAUUGGUUGCGACAUUCGAAUAGAACGCCGAAAAUCCAAAGACACCAAAGUCUAGUCAGUAAACACUUUUACGUUUUUACCUAUUAUAUUAACCUAUUUUUACAGCACUAUAUAGUAGUUAUGUUCCUAAUAUAAAUGUCUCAUGAAUUCUUGUAAAUAUCAAUUGGAUUAUCGAGGAUUUUAUUUUAUAACAAUAAAAUUUGGUAUGCUUUGAUAAAUAGGUACUUUUGAAAUAUGUUUUUGUUACAUAGGUACUUAACUAAUCUAUUAUAAAUGUUGAAUUAUAAUAUUAGAGGUCAGAUAAUACAUUUGAUAUUUUCACUCCCACUUUAAUUUACCAAUAAACAGUACAUACUUAAUACACAGACUAAAACAUAUCAAUCAAAUAAUUGAAAUAAAUUGUUCAAGUUUGCCAAUUAGGUACAAUUACUUUCCUAUUCAGAUUUAAUUUAUUUCUGGGUGUUUAUAAAAAUUAAUAAGCGCUAUAAGGUUUCCCGGUAAUUCAAAAUUAAAUUGUUCAGUAUUCCUAAUAAGUUAUAAACAGUGCUUAAAUUGGGAGGAGCACAAGAGAACAGAGCCCCUCACUUUUUAUUUUUUUUUGAGUAUUCCCGUGCCAAUUAUUUCUACUAAGAUGAGGGGAUACAUUUGUUUGAAUAAAUAAUGAUGUUUUCAAAAAAAUUUUGUCUCAAAUUAUAUAUAUAUAUUUUUAAAUUUAUCAUCCAAUAAUAAAUUAUCAUCUUUAUUACUGUUACACAGUAUUGGCUGCUUUGUACGAUAAAAUAAGUGAUAACUGAUUAGUACGAUUAACAAUAGCUGAAUAAUAACUUCUCGAAGUUCUAUCAUAGUAUUUUGAAUAAUUUGAGGUAUAAAAUUGUAUUUACCUACCUAAUUAUGUAACCCUAUUAAUUAAUAAUGACUAUAAUUCUAAAAAUAAUUGUAUUCUAUGGAUUGUGUUAAAUAUAAUGGAUUUAGGUAUUUUAUUUUUUUAAAUUAGUAUAAGAGCGAAGUCCCCCAUGGGAAAAAUAGAAUUCAAUCAUUGCAAGGGACACUGCUCUUUUGUAAUGUCUCAUAGUCCCUCUUCUUUUAUUUUUCCAAUUCAAACACUGAUUAUAAAAAUAAUUAAAAUGUGUAAAUAAUUAAAUUAAAUUUAUACAACAUUAUUAAGCAAUACUAUUUCCCGAGCUCUACUCAAAAUUGGUUUUUGUUUACAAUGAUUAAUCGUUGUGUAAUACAUUUAAUUCCCCUUCAUACCUACCUUCCAAAAUUUCACUAUCAAGAGUUCCUGAUCCGUGGUGUGAGUAUGUCCCUCUGUUUUUAGUUUUUUAUAUUUAUAAACUCAGUAAAUUAAUUUUGAAAAAUCUUUUUUUUAAACUUAAUAUGUUAAUUUUCAAGCUUGCAUAUAAUUUUACACUUUUGUAUUAUUACAAAAAUAAAAAUUAUUUUACUUAAAAUAACUACAAUAUGAACAUGUUUGAUGGUUUACUGUUUUUAAAUAAAAAUAAUUAAGAAAACAAUUUUAUUUUCCCCAAUACUGAAUUAUCUUGUGAACCAUGUAAAUAUGAAGGUUUUGUAAUAAUUUUAGUAAAAAACAAGUUCUGGCCUCUCGGUCACCUAGACCACAAGAUAAACAAUAGAUACUUAUACUAAUUUGUGUAUGUUUUUUUUACUAAAACUUGUAUUUUUGUUUUUCAUCACAUAUUAGGCAGGUGUAUUGUAAAAAUAAUUAUUCAUUUUCUUCAACCAAAUCUUAUUUUUUCACCAUUUUUGUAGUUUGGUAUUCAUAUCUAUUUUAUGAUUACUUACAUUGUUACAAUUCUCUUCUUUAAUUCUCAAAGCCAUAAAAGUUAUAUUUUCUGUGCCUAAUUACUUUACAAAAUAUUUACUUACUACAAUUCUAUAUUAUUCUAUAUAUCCAAUUAAAUAUUAGUUAUUUUAACAAUUCAUUUAUGUGACUGCUGUUUUUAGAUUGCCUAUUAAUUACAUAUUAAAAAUUAUUACAUCCAAAAUGAUAAUAUAAUAUAUUAGAAUAUAGAUUUAUAAAUGAAAUAGAAGCUAUUAUUCAAGGUUAUAAAUUCUAUAAUCUUGUAAAGAGUAAUUUUUUUUGAUUUUAGCAAACUUUAAAUACUUAUGAAAAAGAUGAUGAUUGUGCAUCCGAAAAAAGUUUUGGCAGUACAACCAGUAGUCAAUGUGAUAAUGGCCACUCUAUGUUUGCUCUUAAUGGCACCACUUAUUCUAAUCGGAAAAAAGGCUACUUACAUUAUUGCCCUUCAAACAUAGGCAGUGAAGAAUAUCUUACUCCUACACAGAGAUCUAGUCGAACUAUCAGAAACCUCAGAGUAAACUAAACAUUUUUUAACAAAUAUUAUAUUCAAUAAUGAUUAUAUAGAGGUGUUGGAUAUUUUAGAGAUUAUUAAAUGAUGCUCAUAGUGAACUUAAUGAUAAAGAUACAGAAAUUGAUCAGCUAAAAAGAGAGAAUGUUGAACUUAAAGUAAAAUGUGGUUAUGGCGCUGCUAACAAUUCAAUUGCAGAAGGUGAUGAAGAUGAAGAUGCCAGUAGAUUUAUAUCGAGCAAAGAACCAACACCUGAACCAGAUUCAAGGUAAUUAAUCUAUUAAUUUGUCACAUUUUUUAACUCUAUUUUAAACAUUAGGUAUCUUAUUUUAUUUUAACUGCCAUUACCUACUUAAGUUUAAAACAUAGACUUAAUAUUAUAAGAUGAACUGCUAAAAGCUUUUAUCGAGUUAGUUGAAAUGGCACUAUGCAUUAGGCAAAAAAUCAUGGUGAAAAAAAACUUAUCACACUAAACAAUAGUUAUGAUUUAAUAAUUAUAUUUAUUAAUUUGAUAUUAUUGUUGUUGUAUUUAUUUAUUGUCUUUUUUCUAUAUUGUGUUUUAAUAUAAACAUAACCAGCAUAAAUCUGCUAUGAUAUUUGACCUUCCAUAAUGUUGUGUAUCCAAAAAUAUUGUACAUGGGAAAUGAUAAAUACACAGUCUAACUUCAUGUUAGGUUAUAAAAAAAAGAAAUUUUAAUAACUAGUUUCUCCAUUUCUGCUUCCAUCCUUAGUGGUGAUGAUGUAUUAGUGUCCUAUGAACAUAUUUUUCCAAAUUAUCAUUAUUCACCCAAGUUUGGUUCAUUUACUCCAGAUGUAUUUCCUGUGAAAACCAAAUAAGUUUAUAUGGGUUGCCUGUGCCAGUAAUAUUUUUAAAUUUGAGCAUAACAAGGGAGCUAUUGAUUUUACUAAAUUGUUUACUUUUUUUCUUUCUUUCUUUCUUUUAGUCUGUGAACAUGUUUUCUCCUAGAAAAAUUGCUUCGAUUUUAACUUGGUGUAGCACCUUUUCUGUAAGCUCAAUUUGUCUAGAUUGUACUUUUUUGUAGAUCAUUUUUUAAUUUUCGGCGAUAUUUUUUAAAUAAAAGCACAUAAGUGGGAAAAAACUUAGGAAAACGUACAAUUUCAAGAUUUCAGUAUUUUAUAAAAACGCUGACGAAAUUUUUUACCAGUAAAAAUGAUUUAAUUGAAAAAUAACUAGAUACCUUUUUUGUUGCCUUUUUAAUUAACUUUCUUACAGCAUCAUCACCCAAACUUUUGAGCCACUUUUGUGCUUUUAAAGAUUUUUAAUUUUUGGUAGUUUUUUUACUGUAAUCCAGUUAUAAAUACAUGUAAAGACAUAAAACUUGGUAAUAAUACUUAUAUUGGACUUACCUAGACAUAGUAAAAUUUCCAAAAUCAUCUGACAACUUUUUUUUUUUAAUAAGCGUUUUGAAAUUAAAUUUAAAUGAAAAUCGCAAAUAAAAAUUACACUUUAAAUUAUAUAUUCUUUCGUCAAGCAAUGGUUUAUUGUUGCUUACAGAUAUAAAUGAAAUAACUUUAUGUAUUCUACCUUCCCAACUUCUCAUCUACAACAGUGGCCGCUUCCAUUCCCAGUAUUAGCUCAUUUUGUUGUUGUCCUUGUAAGUAAGGUAACCAGAAAUUAAUAGUUACAAAAAAAAAAUAUCCAUAAUUCAAGUUUCAGCACCAAUAUAUAAAUUUAAAUUUAAAAACCAACCUUUUAGAUCUUGAAUUCCUAUCUGAUCGUUUAUGUUCAUAACUUCAGGUUUUUGUGUACCAUAGCUAAACUAUAAAGGCAUAAAAUAUAGGCUACACUAUACUUUACAUAUACAUAAAUACCAACUUAAUUAUGUACAUUUUUUUUUUAUACAUAUAGCAAACUUUCUAGAAGCUUCUUAAAUCCAUCACCAUCUCCAGCAGAUUCAGGACAUGGGGAUGAUUAUGACGAAGCAAAGAAAUUGCGUCAAGCUUAUGACGAGUUACGUGAGAAACAUAAUGACAAGAUUGAAGAAUUAUUAAAAAGUUUAGGAGAACUCAAUGAAAAGUGAGAAAAAUUUAAUUAAUAAUGUCGACGUUGAUGAAUGUAACUUAGCUCAUAACUAAGCAUUUUUAAAAAAUAGUUACCUAUCUAUGUGAUGGGUAAUUUCCAGUGGGGAGACUUUCUUUUUAGAGAACUCCUUAGAAAGAAGGUCUCUCUCCCUUUCAUUCACUCCUCUAGAUGUGGAACACAUAUUCCUAAUGACUAAUAUAUUUAUUUUAUAUUCAAUAAAAUGUUACUAUUUUUCAAAGAUACUAUGGAUUAAAACCAAAACUUGAUGAAGCCUAUAUUAGAAUCAAAGAACUUGAAAGAGAAAAUGAUUUCUUAAAGUGGUCAAAAGUGGUACAAAGUAAAAAUAAUGAACAAGUCACUAAUAAUCACAAAAUUAAGGCAUUUAGUGAUGUUCUUACUCAAACUCAUCCAACAAUAUUUGUAGAUAAGGUUUGUUUUAAAAUAAAAUUAUUCUAAUGGUUUCAAUAUUAAUUUGCAUUUAAUAUAUAUGUAUUUAUGUAUAUAUUUUUUGUUUUUGUUUUGGAAUUAACCAUAAUUUUUUUAGAAGACUGAAACUGAUCAAAUACAUGAUAAGUUCUCUGGUGCUAUGAUAAAUAUUCAAAAAUCUUCUGAACAAGCAAACACACAAAAAAAUGAUCUUGCUGUAACUUCAACUCAAACACAACAAAUUGCAUGUGCUGAAAAGGUAAAAAUAUAUAUAUUUACUAUGUACUGAAAUUAAAGCAUUUUCUUUAACAAAUGAAAUUAAUUUGUAAUAAUAUUUAAUUUUUGUAGAACACAGAGACUGAGAAUCAAGCAAUUGAAGAAGACAGUGUUGAUGAAUUAAGUAAUGUUAAGUUGGAACUUAAAAAAACAAAAGUAAGAAUAAUACUAAGAUAAUAAUUAUUAUAUUUUUAAUUAUAUUCUAUUCGAACAUUCGAACCUUUCUUCUGUGUUUGUGUUCACUAACAUGUAGCAAUUUCAUUUUAUAAUUUUUAAUAUUGUACACAUUUUUCCCAAGUAAAUAUUUAUUUGUUUAGAAUCUUUUUAGAAUAUGUUUAAAAUUUAGGGACGUAGCCAAAGUGUUGGUGGUGCUUUGUUAUCCGGACCUGAGGCCAUUGCCCUUUGGAUGAUCGGCACGAAAAAGGUUCGUCUCUUAGAUCCCCUUAAUGCGCAAAUUUCUUUGCAUUUUAAUUUUGAUACGCAUGGGAAUUUAAACGAGUUGUACAUUGACAUAAUUUGGAUUGGAUUUCUACUAUAAAUGGUUUUAAUUUUCAAUUGUCGAUUAGUUGAUGAAUAGGUGUAGGACAACAACAGUAGGUACAAAGUUGAUGUAUAUUAUUUUUCAAUGAAUUUUGUUCAAAGAAUAUAAUGCAAAAUAAAUACUUUUAAAUAGAAGUGUUCAUUCAAAUUCAAGUUCGUAUAAUUCUCUUUUUUUCGUUUUUGAAGCACCUAUACGUUUUGAUUAACAUAAGUGAAUUGUUUAAUUACAACAGUGCAUACUGAGUAAUUGUAAUUGUAUUAUUUAACUUUAAAUUGUAAUUUACACUUUUAGUUAUAUAUAUAUUUAUAUAUAUCAUUGAUUUUGUUUAAAUAAAAAAACAAAUAACUUUUUGUACUAAACUCAAGUGUGAAAUUGUUAUAUCAUUGAAAAAAAAGCUAUUGCUUUUUUCACCUUUUUUUUUUUGCUUUUCAACGCGAAAAAAAAAAGUAGUAAUUAAUAGUGAAAAUACAUAGUUAAUUUAGCUAUCACAAUAUUUAAAAAAACUUUAAUUGAGUUAUAAUUAUAACCUAUAGAUUUGUAUGUGUAAAAUAUAAUAAAUCACUUCAUUUGCUCGUAGAUAAAUUAUUAGUUCUAUUUACACAGGUGAUAUAUUUGCAAUGCACUACUGAUAUUAUUUUCCUUUCCCUAGUAAUAUGUGAGCAGAAAUGUACAGUUUUUGUUUUUGAUUUUUUUUUGUUAUUUUUUAUUAAUUUAGAUUUACACAAUAUUAUUUUAGAAAAGUGUGUAUAUAACUACUUAUGCACUGCCUGGUUGUGGCUGACUUUUAAGAUAACUAUUAGCUUUAAAACACUUCAGUUCUUAUUAUAUUCUUCAAGUACAAACAUUUAGUUUUUCUGUGUAUUAUUUUCCAGGCUAUGUAUGAAAGUAUGCUGCAACAGCAAUUAGAACAACAGCGCCAAAAGCCAAUAAAUGAUCCUGAAAUGACAUUGCAGUUUUUGAAAUCAGCAUUUUAUUAUUAUCUUUCUGAUGCCUCAAACACUGCAGGACAUUUAAAUGCUAUACUAAGUAUACUUCGAUACUCAGAAAGUGAAAAAAAAAUAAUUGAAAGGAACCAAGCAUGGAAAUAAUAUUUUAUUUUGUAUUUUUCUAUAGCAAAAUUUUUAAAUUCGUAAUUUAAUUUUACAUUUUUCUUGUUCAAUGGUCAACAUUUUUAUUUUUCCCAUUAAAUAUUUAUUUAUUUUCUCAAUGAUGACUCCCUAUUAGUUAGUAUUUCUUAAUUUGUCUGUAUUAUAUUUUUUUAUUAAUGUUUUAUUAUUAUCGUAGAAUCAGUAUUAUGGUUGCUAGGGAAUUAGUGUGAUUUUGCUUAUAUAGAGCAUUUUUGUUAUUGUUUUAAAGGAAUUUCCUUAACUAUUGGUGAUACGCACAGGGUAAUUAUUUAUCUUAGUUUGUUUUUAAUAUACUAUAAAUGAUAAAUACUUAGUCAUAAAUCAAAAAUAAAAUUGUUUUUAUUUGAACAGAAAAUAAUUACCCUCACUCAACUUUAUGGUCUGAUACCGCGCAUCACCAAAGGUUAACAUCACUAUUACUACUUUUUGUUCCAAUAUUUUUGAUUAUAAAUUAUAAUAAUAUUAAGAAUAUAUUUUAUGACAUUUUUCAAUUGAUUUAUUUGUUUAUUUAAUGUCAGUGAUAUUAUUUUAAGAUUCAAAUUCUUGUGAAGUAUUUGUAUUUUUUCAAUUUAUUAAUGUUGUGAUAAAGUCAAGUUUUGUUUACUAAAUUGAUGGUUAUAUAACUAAAUUGAAGUA